GCAUCUAUCAAUAGGUACAAUAUAAUUGUCAAUACCGAACAACAAAGAAAUAACAACAAACAGACAAGAAAGUGGGUACUAGUUGGAAAAAAAAGCUAGAGAAGAGAAAACAACUUCGUUUGGACGCAGCAUACAGGGGGAGAUUUAUCAAAACAGAAAUUGCCUGGAUAUAUCUUUGAUCUCUACACAUCACCAUCUGUAACAAAACGAUCACUCCGCCCGCCGUUUUUAUAGACAACGAAUCGACCGCAUGUCUUGUCCGAAAACAAGCGCCGAUGUUGAAAGCUAGCUAGCUAGCUAGCCGAGCUGUCGGCGCUUUUAUCCCUUUGCAUCCUGUCAGCUAACAGGUCAUAACUCAUUUAGCAGACGCUUACCUCGGUGCGGCAUGGCGGAGGGUAGCGGUAACGUUAACGUCGACGCGGCCAACUUUCCUCCGGGAGACCCGCAGCUGAUCGGUAUGAUCGUGGAGCAUCUGAAGAACAGGGGGCUUUUCGACGAGUUCCGACGGGACUGUCUGGCCGACGUUGACACGAAGCCUGCCUACCAGAACCUGCGACAGAAAGUUGACAACUUCGUCACGUCGCAGCUGAGCACACAGGACUGGAACCCGUCCAUCAACAAGAACCAGAUGAGGAACGGACUGAGGCAAAGUGUUGUUCAAUCAGGUAUGCUGGAGUCCGGUGUGGACAGGAUCAUCACUCAGGUCGUGGACCCCAAGAUGAACCACACUUUCCGGCCACACAUAGAAACUGCCAUCCAUGAUUUCCUGUCAGGGGACAGUAAGGAGGAGAACACCUUGAGUUCUAACUCUGCACCUUCUGAGCAGACAGAAACACAGGAGGCCUUGCCUGCUUCUGGCCCUAAAACCCCCUGAGGUGCACAUGCUGGUCUUUGCUGGUCUACAUACAAUGUUGUAUGGCUGUGGCAACCUUUUAAAAGGUGCAGCGUCGGACAAGAAGAGGACAAAGAAGAAGAGGAGGUUGUUUCCUCCUGUUUAACAGACUAGAGUCAGGAGUGUGGAGCAUUUCUGCAUUAAAAAUGUUCAGCAUGAGGUGUUGUUUCAUUGCCCGUCUGUGCUGCGUGAAGCUACUGCUGGAGAAGUUGGACAAAGACGAGCGGUGCGCUCUCACAGCUCUGCACAGCUCUGCACAGCUCUGCACAGCUCUGCCUUUUAGAAAAACAUGGAAUGAACCUGGAUUAUUAUUUUUGAUUUUUUAUGUGCCAUAACAGAGUUUUAUUUUACAAGUUGUAUAUUGUGUACUGCAGAUUUCUCACUCUUGCUAUUAAUGUGUCUAGACGUUUUCCACUAAUAACAGGGUUGACUAACAAUCUGUUAAACCUGCAAACUCUAACUGAGAAUGACGGGUAAAGUCAGCAGACUGCUUGAUUUCCAGUGGAUUAGAUGAACUAACAAGAGGUAUAAUCAGGGUGUCAAAUUGAAUUAUUGAAAGAUUGUGUUUGUAAAUACAUAUUGUUCAGUAUGUUCAUUUUUCGUCACAUCAUGUCCAGUUUCCUUUUGGUGUGUUUAUUUGGGUGUAUGUGCUUAACUAAACACAGUUGAUAUUGUGUUCCCCUCUGU